AUGGACGCCUUCCAGGAGGUGUUUCAGAAGGUGGAGAAGAUCGGGGAGGGCACCUACGGCGUGGUGUACAAGGCUCGCAACAAGCGCACGGGGCAGCUGGUGGCCCUCAAGAAGAUCCGCUUGGACGCGGAGACGGAGGGCGUCCCCAGCACUGCCAUCCGAGAAAUCUCACUGCUGAAGGAGCUGAAGCACCCCAACAUUGUCAAGCUCCUGGAUGUCAUACACAGCCAGAAGAAGCUCUAUCUAGUGUUUGAGUAUCUGAAUCAGGACCUGAAGAAAUACAUGGACUCAUCCCGAACUGGAGAGCUUCCUUUAAGCUUGGUCAAGAACUACCUUUUCCAGCUGCUGCAGGGUGUGAGCUUCUGCCACUCACACAGAGUCAUCCACAGGGACUUGAAGCCGCAGAACUUGCUCAUUAACGAAGCCGGAGCGAUCAAGCUGGCUGACUUUGGACUGGCAAGAGCUUUCGGGGUCCCCCUGCGCACAUAUACUCAUGAGGUGGUGACUCUGUGGUACCGAGCCCCUGAAAUACUGCUGGGAUGCAAAUACUACUCGACUGCUGUGGAUAUCUGGAGCAUCGGCUGCAUCUUUGCAGAAAUGGUGACCAGGAAGGUCCUGUUUCCAGGGGACUCCGAGAUCGAUCAGCUCUUCCGGAUCUUUCGCACCCUGGGCACUCCCACCGAGCUGACCUGGCCUGGGGUGACCCAGCUGCCUGACUACAAGCGGGACUUUCCCCGGUGGGCGAGGAAGGAGAUGAAGGAAGUUGCUCCCAACUUAGAUCGAGAUGGUAGAGACUUGCUGGUGCAAUUGCUCCUGUAUGAUCCCAGCAAGCGCAUCUCAGCCAAGGCAGCCCUCAGUCACCAGUACUUCUACUGGAGAAGCCCUCAGAGCCCUGAAGAUCAACGUGUGCUGCAGAGACACUGCAGAUGAGAAGACCCAGCUCUCCCCGUGCACUUGCAUCUCUGGGUAGCAGUGCAGACCUGUUUUGGGGCACUUGGCAGGACCCUGGCUGGGUCCUUCCUUCUCCUGAGGAGCCUGGAGGGGGACAUUCUUGCAUUUAGAGACUCUCAGCCUGUUGCUGGGGAAAGUUUGUCUGGGUUACAGCCAGCAGAGCUGUUUUGAAGAGGUCACGUGCAAAAGGGUGGGGGGUGUUUGUCAGCAUAAAAGACUGACAUGCAGAUGGGAGAGCAUCUUUCAGAAGGUUGUCCUUGCCUUAGCGAGCUAAGCUGACACACAGUGAUUUCUGUGUGUCCAGCACUGGAGCAUCC